UGGUGAUUGAUGAGAUGUGACCCUGAGUUUUGCGUUCAAGCGAUUCUAGUCUAGCAAUUAUUUGAUACCAUAUAAGGAGAGCUUCGGGCGACCUUUUGCUCCCAUGUCUUUGUUUGCCAUCGGCCAUCCUUAAGAAGCAAAUACGAGGAAUCCUCCGAUUGACACCCUCUAAACACAUUUUCUCCUUAUCUAUUGACGAUUCCAGUUUGUCACAUAUCAUCUGCCAGCCAUGGGCGUACGCAGUCACACCGUCUCUGACGCCGCGGCCGCCUCCAACAUCUCAGGCCUUCCUCCGCGAAAGAAGCAAACAAAGCUGGCCUCUAUUUUCAAGCGCAUUUCGCCUUCCAAGAACGUCUAUCCAGCCAAUAUUCAGCAGGCCUAUUCGUCAUUGGAAUCAGUCGAUACUAUCGACGAGAUCAAGGAUGGGCAACAAAGACGUCGAUCUGCUGAAAAAAAGGAGAUAGCUGCAGCCCGGAAAGCCCGACGGACUGGGAUGGACAAGCUCUCGGCAGGCCUUGGGGGUUGGGUUCCCGAGCGACCGGUUGGCUCCGGUAUUGGUCCGUCUUGAGCUAACGGGAUGGCAUGAAAUAAGCAUCGCGGGGCGUCAGGGGUAGUAUUUCGCAGCAGGCUAUAAUAUAUCGCACGGACCAUAACCGUUGGAGGUCAAUCUGAGUUAGUUAGAAUCAUAAUUGAGAAAAUAUCCGUUUGCAACC